AUGUGUUUAUUAUCCAUCUUUCUCUCUCUGUCUCUAUCUGUCUAUCUAUCUAUCUAUCAAUCUGAUACUCUAUCUAUCUAUCUAUCUAUCUAUCUAUCUAUCUAUCUAUCUAUCUAUCUCACCCCCUCUCUCUCUUUCUCUAUCUAUCUAUCUCAAUGUGUUUAUUAUCCAUCUUUCUCUCUCUGUUUCUAUCUAUCUAUCUAUCUAUCUAUCUAUCUAUCUAUCUCCCCUCUCUCUUUCUCUAUCUAUCUAUCUAUCUAUCUAUCUAUCUAUCUAUCUAUCUAUCUCAAUGUGUUUAUUAUCUAUCUAUCUAUCUAUCUAUCUAUCUAUCUAUCUAUCUAUCUAUCUAUCUAUCUGAUUCUCUCCCUCGUUCUCUCUAUCUAUCUCAAUGUGUUUUUUAUCCACCUUUGUCUGUUUCUAUCUAUCUCUCUGAUUCUCUCUCUCACUCUCACUCUCUCUCUCUCUAUCUAUCUAUCUGAUUCUCUCUCUCUAUAUAUAUAUUUCAAUGUAUUUAUUAUCCAUCUUUCUCUCUCUGUUUAUAUCUAUCUAUCUAUCUAUCUAUCUAUCUAUCUAUCUAUCUAUCUAUCUAUCUAUCUAUCUCACCCCCUCUCCCUCUCUCUCUAUCUAUCUCCAUGGGUUUAUUAUCUAUCUAUCUAUCUAUCUAUCUAUCUAUCUAUCUGA